AUGGCUUCGAAGGUAACGCUCUCCAGCGCCGCGCCUCCGGAGGAGCGGCCUUGUCCCCGCGCUAUUGCUGCUUCUAUAGUCGCCUUUGGGACCCCGGCCUUCCUCGCCGCGGCCAGAGGGUCGAAGACACGACGAGCGAGCUUUCAGACCAGACGUAUUAGCCGCCACGCCACCCGAAUGGCUUCGACAUCUCCCCCUUCCGAAACAAAUGGCGAAUAUGUUCCCAGCAAAGCUUCAACAUCAGGCUCCAACCCGGAGCUCGACCUGUCGAAGCUCCAAGGAUUACCAACGGAGCAACAGGAGCUGUUCCUAUUGACCUUCGUGUCCAGCCUCAGCAAACAUGUCCUAUCCCUGUCCGCCGACGACUGCACGGCGCAGCAGUUUUACCUCAAGAAGGAGAUCUUCAAGAUCCUCAACCUUGCCACUCCCGCGCCGACUCGAGUAAUCCGGAAUAACCUUGGACGAUGCCUCGCGCACAUAUUUGCGAUUGGGGACAGGAAGCUCCUGUUCGAGACGAUAAAUGACCUUAUAGCCAUCAUUCCCAGCGGGAAAUCCAAGAGCGAGGGCGAAACCCGGAGCAAGCAUGCAGCGGUAGCCUGUCUUGGAGAUGUGUACGGUUCAGCCGGUGAUAGUGCGAUCGGCCUCCACCAGCUGGCGUGCACGACGCUGUUAAAGCUUCUAAAGGCCUCCCAGAACAACGCUGGCCUCCGCGCCGCGGUCUUUACUGCGUUUAGCAAGGUAGUCAAGAUGAUCGAGGAGAGCUUGGACGAGAGCUUGGCGAGGGAUUUCUGGAAGCAGGCCAGGAACCACGCUUCUAGUGACAAGGGCUCGUUGGUAGUCAUUUCCGCAUGCCGGUGUAUGAAAGCCCUCGUUCGGCAUACGAAUUAUUUCAAGAACUCGAGCGACUUUGAUAACCUGCGGUCAACCAUUUUCAAGACGGUCGACUUCCCCUCCGUCCACGUCCGCCACGCUGCUGCCGACUGCUUUGCAGAAGCUCUGGUGAAGGGCUACUCCGAGUCUGUAGUUGGAGAAGCGCCCCUAGCGAUGAUCAGGAGGACCAAAUCCCGCGCGGUAAAACGGCAGUCGGCCCCGCCUGGUUCGUUGCAGGACGAUGAUGAUAUACCGGCACGAUCAGAGAGUCCCGCGCCUGGGAAAAGGUCGCACGAUCUAGCGAUGUCGUUGGUUGAUAUCCUCAAGACUUUGUCUUCGCAGUAUGUCCGGAUGUCGACGACAAACCGAGCAAGGGCCGCCAUCGCGAUCUGUUACGGGAACGUUCUCCAGAGAUUAGGAGAGAAGACGGUCGAGACGAAUUACUUUAGAAUCUUGGAGAACCUGACAGUCGACCUCCUCGGCCAUGGAAACCUAGCAAACAGCCGCUACCGCCUCCUCAUCUCCAGACGUAUGGUUGAUGCCAUCGUCCAGGAUGUGAUCGGCCAGAAGAUCCUUGGGGAAUCUGGCCAGACAACAGCAGCCAAGAUUAUUAUCAACGAUAUCUUAAAGAACUAUCCGCGCGCCCUCAAAGAGCGACCGGAGCCUAGCAAGCAGACCUUGAUCGUGUCCAUGGGCGCCCUGGCGCGUCUAAUCAACAGCAUGGGCUCGGCAGCAAACAACUUCGCCGAGUCGUGUCGGGACGGCCUGUUGCAGGUCCUCCAGCACCCGAGCUAUUCUGUCCAGGUCUACGCAUCAUCCUGCAUGAAGACAUUCGUCCUAGCCUGCCCUCAGCAGCUUCUUCCGUGCCUUUCCGUCUGCAUGAACAGCCUGAGCAGGGAACUGGGCUUACUUGGAUCAGGCCGGAAUUCGCCUCGGCGAUGCAUUGGAUUCGCUCACGGCUUGGCCGCAACGCUGAGCACGAGUCCGCUGCGACCACUCUAUGGCUCUGUCGACAUCAACAGUCGCGUCCUGACCAUGGCAACGAACCUGCUGAAGUCUAGUGGCAGUUCAGAACUACGUGUCGCUAGCACAAAGAUCCAGGUCGCCUGGACUUUAAUAGGAGGCCUGAUGUCUCUCGGACCGAAUUUCGUCAAAAUCCACCUGUCACAGAUGCUGCUUCUCUGGAAAAACGCACUGCCCAAGGUUCUGGCCAAGGACAAUACCGCGCAGAGGAACUACUUGAACGCCGCCUUCCUCGCACACGUCAGGGAGUGCGCGCUCGGCUCGAUCCUCGCUUUCCUCCAGUUCAACAGUCGCCUCCUGACAGUCGACGUCUCGAAGCGGAUAGCAACGAUGCUGCAAAGCACCACUGCCUUCCUAAAGACGCUUCCGUCCAAGAAGACCACAGAAGAUAUGUCCGAGAGACUGACUCCCGCCCUCCAAUUGCAGGACCUGGAGGUCAUGGUCCAACGCCGCGUCUUGCAAUGCUAUACCAAGCUGGUAAAUGUGAGCCCGGCGGGUGGCACAGAGGCCUUGUUGCAGUCCAACCUCCUCACCCUGACUAUCUCCCUCUUCGCCGAUCCAGAAAACUACACUCCCAACUCCCUCAGCGCAUCCAUAGCAAACGCCGCCGGAACUUUCGAGACCAUAUGGGACGUGGGGGACAACUCUGGCUUUGGUGUCACCGGACUCGUUCGGGGCUUCAAGGUCAAGAGCCUUCCAGGCCAGCAAGAAAACCAGGGAGAGUCUUUGUUGUGCGACGAAGACGGUCCAGAAGACCGUGUUAAUAUGCUCCUUCUAUCGCCGGUAUGUGGUGCCUUGGAGCACGAUGCCUCCAUGCUAUACAUGGGAGACCCGGAGGCAUCCGGAGAUCACCCUGAUCCUCCCGCGACUGAGGUGGUCAACAUGGCGAUCCAACUGUUUGCAUUCGUCUUCCCCCUCACGCCAUCUAAGGUGCAGGAGAGUAUUCUGGAGCAGGUCACGACCUUUGUUGCAACAGGUUCGUUGCAGCGAGAUCCAGGACGCAGAGCGGCGAUCAACGUCAAUACUGCCGUAGCUCUGCUCUCGACCCUGAGAGUAGCCGUGAAAGAGACCAAGUCUCCUGCGGGCGACGUCACCAACUUUGCCGUGGAGAAGCUCCUACAGGAAAUGCUCCGGGAUGUCGUCCUGGACCCAGACCAGUACGUCCGGAGUAUUGGCUAUGAGGCAGUGGCAAGGCUCUGCAACACUUGCGGGAACGCGUUCACCAAUCAGGAGAUCAAAUAUCUUGUCGACACAAUCGUCAUCAACAGAGAGCCGAGUGCCAGGGCCGGCUGUGCGAUGGCCUUGGGGACUAUCCAAACCAAGAUCGGCAGCAUGGCAGCGGGGUAUCAUCUCAAGACGAUUCUCAACAUCCUCAUGUCGCUAUGCAACGACCCCCACCCCACGGUCCAUUUCUGGGCCAUGGAGGCGAUAGCCCGCGUGUCGGACGCUGCUGGCCUUGGAUUCUCAGGGUACGUCUCCAGCACUCUGGGCAUGUUGGCGAAGCUCUAUGUUUCGGACACGCAUAACCCAGAGGUCUCGUCAGCCAUCACCAUGAACCUCGAAGUUGAGCUCUCCUCAACGGCCGCGGCAGCGCGGUGUGUCAACUCGCUUAUCAACGUGCUUGGGCCGGACCUCCAGGAUGCGACCAAAUCGAGGGAGUUGAUCCUCACGCUUGUUGGGCAUUUCCAGCAGGAAGACGACCUCGAGGUUCAGAGAGCAAGUCUGGCUUGCCUGGAACAUCUCACGCUCUACGCACCCGUUUACAUGAACUUCACCGACUACGUCAAAACACUGCAGAAGCAUCUCAACUCGGGGCAUCCCACGCUCCGAGACAUUGCGGUUGACGGGCUCUAUAACCUGAUGAAGAGAAAUUCCUACGAUGUGAUUGAAGCCGCGGACAAGGGAUUUGAGGACCAGCUUUGGCUUGCCCUCGACUCCGCCCCGAACCAUGACGGCAUCCGCAACAUCAUCUGGAACUGGUUGCGCCAGACCUGUCUUUCCGAUACCGCCCCGUGGCUUCAGCGGCUGCAGCACGUGUUGAAAAUGACUCGUCCCAAGGCGAUCGUGACAGUUGCGGCUGGCGCAAAGAAGGGAAGGGCGAUGCCAGACCUCCGAGACGAGGAAGUGGCUGGCUUCGCUUCCGCAGCUGGCGACGCCAAAGAUGAGAAGGGGCCAGCAGCGGGCCCUGAUGUGGAGCCCCUUCGGUGGCAGGUCACUGCAUUUGCGACGAGCCUGCUCAAUGACAUCUUCGUCCUCACCACUAAGGAUGUGGCGACGAAUGGCGAGUCUCCGGCGCAGACAGCCUUGCAAAACAAGAUUGCCGACGUGGUCCGCAUGGCCUUCUCCGCCUCGACGGGCGGAGUGCUGGAGCAGCGCGUAUGGGGCUUGAAGAUCAUCGGAGCAGUGCUAAAGACGUUUGGGAAGACGCCCGAUCCAGACUUUGAGGAGGCAAUGCUGCUUGAGCAAUACCAGGCCCAAAUCAGCUCGGCCUUGACGCCAGCUUUUGCUGCCGACUCGUCACCUGAACUAGCCUCGGAGGCAGUCAACGUUUGCGCCACGUUCAUUGCAACCGGCAUUGUAACGGACGUAGACAGGAUGGGGAGGAUUCUCAAGACGCUCCACGAGAAUGCCGGGAUUGGCGACCUCAAGGGGCUGAGCUCCAAUGCCCAGGUCAUGGUCAAGAUGUCGGUUUUCGCCGCCUGGGCGGAUCUGCAGGUGGCCAGCUCCGAGCAGAAGUACCUGCUUGAAGUCCUGAAGCCUCAUAUCGGAACUCUGACGCCACUAUGGCUCGAGUCUCUUCGGGAGUUCGCUCGCCUGCGCUUCGAGCCCGAUAUAUCCAUGACCCUCGGACCCCCGUCUCUCUCCGGCAGCCUCGACACAGUGUAUGCUGCCCUGAAUCGAGAGACACUCCUCAAAUUCUACCAAGACUCGUGGCUCAAGCUUGUGGACGCCAUCGCCAGCCUGAUUGAGCAAGACAGCGAGUUCGUCUUCGACGCGCUGGACGGCAAAGAAUCCAAAGGCCCUGUCACAAAUGGCCACUCCAAGGGCGCCGACAUCAACUAUCGGGACGAGCCGGUCGCCUUCUUCUUCGUCUUAUUUGGCAUUGCUUUCGAAGCACUUGCCGCGAAACCAGGGCAGGCAGACUCGCUAGGCACUCAAGAGCAAACGCUAGAAAUCCUGCGAGCCUUGAAGAAGAUCCUACAUCCCAGCGUGUCUGGUCACGCAAUCUAUCGCGACGCAAUCUUCUCGGAGACGAUGGAUCUCCUUGAUCGGCUUGUACUCACCGAACCCCUAGAUGUCCAAGGGGUAAUUGUGGAAAUCGCGCGGGCUCUCUGCGUUGCUCACCCAGCAGCAAGAAACCGCGAGCAAGCCGACAACGAUGAGCUGUCCGAGGACAUCGAACAACUCUUCGAGCUUACGCGGAUCAUCGUAUUGGUCCUGUCGGGUCUGCUUCCCAACCUCUCAGAAACCAACCAGCCUGUACGCCACCAAAUGACAGAGGAAGCCAUCCUGCUAGUCCGCACGUCCCUAAAUGCUCUCGUCGAUGCUGCCGAAGUCUUCCCAUCCAUCAUCAAGACUGAUCUCCACGCGUGCAUUAUCCACAUCCUUGCUACGAUCCUGGCCACGCCGUCCUGUCAGGAGGUUGUCGUACCGCAGUCUCUCCCGACGCUGAAGAGAUUCAUCACAAGCAUGACAAGUUCAAGGAAAUCCUCUGGUGCCGCGGCUGGCCAGACGGACGUGCAGCUCCAGGGCUGCUUGAGGCGGUUCCUCUCCAUCUACCUGCACGCCCAGAAGCGCGAGGUGGCCACCUCGCUGCCGUGCGUCAAGAACUGUCUUAUGGCGAUCACCAUCCUCUUCACCAGUGGCAAGAACCACCUCCCAGCUACUGACCCACUUGUCUCGAGGUUCCUUGAAGAGGUGGUUGAUUGUCUUACGGACCGCAUGACCGCGAGGAUCGCCGCCAACUGCAUCCGCUCCCUCCUCCUUCAGCCCUCGCCGACGGCCGCGGACCAAACCCUGGCCCGCCACCUGCUCCCGCGCCUCAUCUCCUUCGUCACCGACACGGAACGCGAGGACCCGGAGAACGCGCGUGCGCUCGUCGCGCACACGCUCUGCCAGUACGUGGCGACGCUCGGCAAGGGCAAGGGCGGUAGCAAGGGCGGUGGCAACCGCGUCGCCGUCGCCAUGGCCCUCGUGGCGCCGGCGCUCCUCUCGCGGGCGGCGGCCGCCGACGCGGACGACAUUGGCGCCGUGCCCCCCGUCUUCCGCGAGACGGGCGCGAGGCUGCUCGAGCUGGCGUCGGUGGACCAGGCGGCGUUCCGCGGGGUCGUGGCGGGGAUGAGCGAGGGGCAGAGGACAUUUAUGGAGGAGGUCAUUCGGUCUGGGAGGAGGGCGGGUGGUGCGGCGGGCGGGGAUGGUGGGGAGGCGGGUGAGGAGGAGGUGAGGCCGAGUAUUGCGCUUAAGAUGGACUUUGGGGGUUGAUUGGGGUCGUUGAUGAGUUGGGAAGGGGUGCCAGAUGCAGAUGAUAUUGUUGUAUAGGGAGGUUGUGCAGCGUAUAACCUAGAGUAGUUGAAUUUUUCGAAGGACUCGUUAUUACCUUGCUUGCUUUGGAAAGUACAUGCAUACUCGAAGCCCGUAGAGACUCGUGCGCGUGCUAAGCGGGUGGCUAGGGGUAACUGGAUGAUUGAUUGAAAUACCCCUGGUUCAAGAAUGGUAGUGCCUCCUACGACAAGGCUUCCUCCCAGAACUUGCGACAUAGAAAACGGCCCGGCUGGGAGUAUAUAUACGUGUGGGUAUCCCCAACACGACUAGAUCUAAGUCUCGGUUGCCCUCUACCCCCAAAUUUUCUCUCCUAUGCUUGCACCGGAUUUACAACCUGUCAGUUCGCCGCCAGCAUCUCGCUUACAUCUGGCCCAGCGUCUUGCCUAGCGGCCUCCUUCUUGAGGGCGCCCGCCUCCAUCAGCA